AUGUUUUCCUUGUAUCCAUCAACACAUUGGCUUUCAAAAGUGUUUUAUCAGGAUCUCCUUCAAGCUACCAAUGGGUUCUCUGUAGCUAAUUUGGUUGGCGUGGGUAGUUUUGGGACUGCUUAUAAAGGAAUUCUCAAUGGUUCAACUAUUGCUAUGAAGGUUCUUAACCUUUUGCAUGGUGGAGCAUCCAAGAGUUUUAGAAAACAAUGUGAGGUCUUAANAGGAAUUCUCAAUGGUUCAACUAUUGCUAUGAAGACACCUGUAGUUUACUGUGAUCUAAAGCCAAGCAAUGUUCUUUUGGACAGUGAAUUGGUAGCUCAUGAUCCAUUGGUUACACCACUCCAGUUUGAUUGUAAGAUCUGCAUUGCAGAGUAUGAAAUGGAAGUGUUUUGUCAACAUAUGUUCACUGGAAAGAGACCUACUGAUGACAUAUUUAUAGAUGGUUUCAACCUUCAUAAUUUGGUUAAGGCGGCUUUGCUUGAUCGAGUGGCUGAAAUUGCAGAAUCAGUACUUUUCCAGGAAAGAGAAGUGGUGAAAAACGUAAGGGGUACUAAAAAUCAAAGCAUCAUAACAAGUCACAACAUUGAAGAGUGCUUGAUUUCAGUCUUUCGGGUUGGAGUUGCUUGUUCUGUAGAUUUGGCAAGAUAUAGAAUGGAUAUUGGUGAUGUUACCACUGAGUUACAAAAUAUCAAAGAUGUUUUUCUCAGAAACUUGAAUCCAUGA